CGACUCGCUCCUUCUCGCCUCGCCGUCCUGGACUAAGGCAGAGUGCAGAGCGUGUGUUAAGCCAUCAAACAAUGAAUACCACCCCAGGCACAGUGGGCAGUGACCCUGUCAUCUUAGCAACUGCAGGCUAUGACCACACGGUGCGCUUUUGGCAGGCUCACAGUGGAAUCUGCACUCGAACAGUGCAGCAUCAGGACUCUCAGGUGAAUGCAUUGGAGAUUACUCCGGACCGAAGCAUGAUUGCUGCUGCAGGUUACCAACAUAUCCGCAUGUAUGAUCUCAACUCCAAUAACCCCAACCCCAUCAUCAGUUAUGACGGAGUCAGUAAGAACAUUGCAUCAGUGGGCUUUCACGAGGAUGGUCGCUGGAUGUAUACAGGUGGCGAGGACUGCACAGCUCGCAUCUGGGACCUCAGGUCCCGGAACCUACAGUGUCAGCGUAUCUUCCAGGUGAAUGCACCCAUUAAUUGUGUGUGUCUGCAUCCCAACCAGGCAGAACUCAUUGUGGGUGAUCAGAGCGGUGCUAUCCACAUUUGGGACCUGAAGACAGACCACAAUGAGCAGCUGAUUCCCGAGCCUGAGUAUUCCAUCACGUCUGCUCACAUCGACCCAGAUGCGAGCUACAUGGCAGCCGUCAAUAGUGCUGGAAACUGCUAUGUCUGGAACCUGACAGGGGGCAUUGGUGACGAUGUGACUCAGCUCAUCCCUAAGACCAAGAUCCCAGCCCAUACACGCUAUGCCCUGCAGUGCCGCUUCAGCCCUGACUCCACGCUUCUUGCCACCUGUUCAGCUGACCAGACAUGUAAAAUCUGGAGGACAUCCAACUUCUCCCUGAUGACGGAGCUUAGCAUCAAGAGUGGUAACCCUGGAGAGUCAUCCCGUGGCUGGAUGUGGGGCUGUGCCUUCUCAGGGGACUCCCAGUACAUUGUCACAGCUUCCUCUGACAACCUGGCCCGGCUCUGGUGUGUAGAGACUGGAGAAAUCAAGAGAGAGUAUGGUGGCCAUCAGAAAGCUGUCGUCUGUUUGGCCUUCAAUGACAGUGUGCUGGGUUAGCCUUGGCCCUUGAGGCUGCAUUGGGCAAUCAGGACUGCCUGGUAUAGUGACUCUAACAGGAUGUAUCUGAACAAUACCCGGGUGCAAGUGAGACUCUCAGGUUAGCAUGUCGGGCCAGUUGGAUCUGACCGGACUAUGCCGGCCCCUCCUGGCCAACCUAGACUUUUUGGCUACUCUACCCUGGGACUCUUUCCAUGCCCAGUUUGUUGUCAGAAAGCUCACUCACUAAGCCAGACUGGACUGGGAGUCUUUUCUCCUUUAGGGAGACCUGGAGGGCUUGGAGCUAUUGAAGAGGUCAGAGGUUAAUGCCUGUAUUCCAGGGAUGCUACCCCGACUUGCUUCAGAAAUUACCAUUAUGGCCAGGCAAUCUGGGUUUAUUAAUCCCUACUGUCAGCUGCCUUCCAUAGGUACUGGUGACCUGGCCAGCUUACUGACCUGUAGGGACAGGACUGGCUUAUGGGACCAAAGGCCAGGAGGGCUUGGGUAGGGGUCUUAGUCUGGGAGGUAAUAAAAGCAGACAGACACACAGAUGUUGCUCGGAAAGCAGAUGUCAAUGCAGAGGUAGAUCAGCCGCUGUCUCCGGGGCCCUGGGGAGAAGGGAACUUAGUGAAUCCCAAGGGCCCCCUACCCAGUACUGUCCUGCAGGAGCCAUAGACCUUUUCACCCAACCUAUCCCAACUUACCCUCUGCCCAUUGGGCCCAGUAGAUGGGAGUGUCUGCACAAAGGUGUUGCACUGAAACUCCCACUUGGGUAGGGUCCACAGUAUGGCCCCCCAAAACUGCCAGCAGUUCCUGGGCAUAGUGGGUAUCCCGGCCAGGUACAUGUGACUCUUGGGCCUGCAGAAAGACUCUGGUGGGCCACUGUAUAGUACUUCCUUGCUCCUGGCUGGGAAGGGCAUUGGUGCCCACCCCAGCCUGAUGGCCCCUCCACCUGCCCUUGUCAACAGCCUUAGUCAGGGGAAAAUAGAGCUUUCUGUUCCCCUGAAACCAGAGCCUUGGCUGGCCCAGCUGGGCUGCACAGAGGACCUUUUGUUUAUCUCCUGGCCUUGGGGGUUUGUGGGUGGCAAGCCAAGUAGUGCUGCUUACCCUGGAAGUGUUCAGCAGCAGCUGCAGGGUCUCCCGAUCUUGGGCUUCCAUCAGACGGAGGAAGCAGGCCUGGUGCUCUGCAGGGCUGUAACAGAUGUAGCCCUGGGGGAGGGGGGGCAGAUAGGUAAGUCGAGGCCACCCCUGACACCUCUACUCUUUCUCCCUCCCAAGCCCACUCACGUUCUUCCCGUCAAACAGCACGGCCCAGCUGUGGUUGCUCUGAAACGGAGUCACCACGAUGGUUGCCAUGUUCUGGGCCACAUCCACUAGAGUGGUUUGGUUGGGCCAGGGUACCCUGGAGCUCGGGAAGGUCUUUCGGAGCAUCUGCAGCAAUGGCUAGGGGAUAUUUGGGAUUCAGCCUUAACCAAUGUUUCCAUAUCCUUCUGGUUCUCUUACUAUCUGUUCAAGGCUGGUAUUUAGACCUGGCCCCAUGCGAUAACUGACAGGUACUGGCCUUCCUGCCCUCUUCCCACUCUGCAUACCCCGCAGCUUGAAGAGGUGCUUACCUUGGGAGAGCUGUACAUGAAGCCAAGAAGCCCCCCAGCCACGGCCCCCGCAGUGAGCAGUGUCAGCAGCAGCAGCAGGCCUGCUGCUCUCCAGCCCCUAUGGCAGGGUUUGGUCUUCACCUGAAGGCACAGUACUGGCCGUGGGGCUUCUGGCUUAGAGACUCGGGAGCCAACUUGCUCAGGGAAGGGGCUGAGGAUGGUAUGUGGUGACAUUCCUUUCUCCUUCUAUGGCAUCCCUGAGUUCUUGUCUUUGGGGUGGUAGAGACACUUACCUCAGCAGGCUUGGACCUGAGGCUUUCAGUGUGGAUGCGCCCUUGCUUCAUGCUGCAGCCCUGCUGACAAUGCACUGAUUGUGUGCAGCCCCUUGGAGGAGUCAGCCAGGGAAACCUCAGGAUGCCUUUGAUGAAUCAAACUGUAUCCUCCCCUUCCAACCCCACUGCUUCCUUCCCAGCCAGUAUCUGAUGUCCUGCCUCAGCCAGGACAACCCUCUCCCCCACAUGUAAUUGAUGCUAACUAGUUUGUCUCUGAACUCUUAGCCUGUGCAGAACAUGGGGUCUUGGUGUGUGUUAGAGCUGGCCUUGAAGUCAGAAUUGGCUAGGUCUUCGCCAGGGUGAUUUUGAUCUGGUUGGGCAGACUUUUGUUCUUGGUGUUGCCUCCGGACUCCUGAGCUAGACACAGGAACUAUCAAUAAAUGUGUAUGAACCAUCA